GCCGCCCCUGGGCCGGGCCGCUCCCGCUCGGCGUCUGGGUCCGGCUGCCGGCGGCGGGUUGGAUUUUUGUUGCCCUGUUCUCCCUGCCAGAAGGCAGCUCGUGGUGGGGGUGACGUCCGCCGCAGACAGGAAGCAACAGCUGGAGCAGUUCUUGAGCUAAGUUGGAGGCGAGACAAUGGCCCAGGAGACUAAUCAAACACAGGUGCCUAUGCUGUGUACCACAGGCUGUGGAUUCUACGGCAGUCCCCGAACCAAUGGGAUGUGCUCAGUUUGCUAUAAAGAGUAUCUACAGAGGCAACAGAGCAGUGGCCAGAUAAGCCCCCCAGCAGCAAAUGCCAGCAACAGUCCUGUGGCUUCAGAUUCCAUCCCAGGGCAGGGCACAGAGGGAGACCCAACGCCUGAAGAUGUGAAAACCAGCACUCAGACUCCUGUGACCCAUCAGAUGACGGCCAUGAGCAUAUCCAGAGAGGAAACCAGCAGCGAGACAGUCGGAUACAUUAGCACAGACGAAACCUCCUCCGCAUCUUCCUCAUCAGAGACCCUCCUUGAAAUAUCCCAGAACUCUGCUGAGGGUGAGAAGACUUCAGAAAAACCCAAACAGAAAAAGAAUCGCUGUUUUACUUGCCGGAAGAAGAUCGGGCUAACUGGUUUCGACUGCCGCUGCGGGAACCUGUUCUGUGCCAUCCACCGGUACUCUGACAUGCACAGCUGCCCGUAUGACUACAAGGCGGAGGCGGCCGAGAAGAUCCGCAAGGAGAACCCCAUUAUUGUGGCAGAGAAGAUCCAGAAGUUGUGAAGGAAGCUGAGCAUUGAGUACUUGAGCCUUGUGGCGUGGCGCUCCUCCCACUCCCGUUCCCUCCCCCCCAAGGUGUCUGGGAUCCUGCCAAGAGCAGGGCUGCGCACACAGCUCACUCGGCAUGGAGGAGUUCAGCAGCCCUCCCGUUCUGUCGACAGCCCCCCCCGGGCUUUGCAAACGGGAGCCUGCUGUGAGCGUCGGUGAGUCACUGCAGCACCUCGCUCUGGAAGCCCAGAGCAGCAAACGUCAUCUCCUCUCCCCCUGAGGCUCCCGUUUGGGCUCAGAUACAGAACAAGGAUUCUGUCCCGUUACAGCUCUGAGUGUUCCCCCUUCCAGCUCUGAGUGUUGGUGUCAUGACAGAAUCGUGAAGUGGCGGCGGCUGGUGCAGCGUAAGGCGCUCGUGGCUCGCGGACGCUGCAGCCAGACGUGAGCGUUACACCCGUGAGCCAGGAACGUUGAGGAAAGACCCGCAAAUGCCUCUUGCCCUUCCCCAGGCUUUGUGGGAUGCUGGGCUCAGCUGCGGGGGCUGCUUUCAACGCUCCGGCAGGAUGUCCGGCGCUAGCCUCGUGUUUCAGACUCGCCCAUGUGCAGUUGUUGGCCGAUUGUAGCCCCACUGAAGCCCACGCGCCAAUAACCCCCUUCCACCCCUCCCACUCUUUACCUUCUGCCUUAUUGUGUGAUUCUCUCUUAUCAGGGUUGUGCGCAAAACUCAGACCAGCAAUCCUCCUCCUCCUCCCUUUGCUGCACGCAUGCAAAUCUCAGAGAGCUCUGUCCUCCCUCCAGGCCUCGCUGAUAUUCAGUGAGCCUCUCUCUCGAGUGGGUGGAUCUGGUGGGAAAUCACACUGAGCCGCCGACCUCUCCCAGCUCACUGCUUGUUCCCCAGGGUGCAGCAGUAGUGGCGGAUCCUCAGCUGUUGUGAAUCAGGGCCGCUGCAUUGCCUUAUAGCAGCUGAAUCUGCCUGCUAAGGAACUUCUACCAUUUUGAGCCAUACAGGUCCCCCCAGUUCCCGGGUGUGGCUCAAAGGGGCUGAAUUUGGGCACCUCUGGGACCCAGAUUGAGGUGCUGAUCCUGGAUUCGCGGAGGGAGAGGAAUGUUGGAAACUCACAGGGUCUGGCCCUCCAUUAGAUUUGAAAAGAGGAUUCGGGGCGGGUGUGAAAUCCAGUCCUGUGCGGCGCGCCAGCCCCACACUCCUGCGCCACUGAAAUCCCACUUCCGUUCCUGUGCUGAGCAGGACUCGGUGUGUAGACGCUGGGCUGGCUCUCUGCAGAGGAGUGAAUUUCACCCGGGCCACGCAGCAGCUAGCAGCCCUGGAAUCAGGCUGCCACUGCUGCUUUGAGGGGAGCUCUCGGAUGGGAGCGUUAGGAGGUGGCUCGUUUCUGGGCUGUUUACAGGACCCAACAAACUGAACAAGCCACGAAUUCUAGAAGCAAAGUAAGUGAAAUGAGCCCCCGGAGAACGAAGCAACUAAAAUGCCUUUGCCCCCACUUUUAAACUAUCCCACGUGAUAAACUGUUUCCUUAAACAUCGACUUCAUAGUAAAAGUGCGAAGAGCAGUUCAAUUCACCGGGCCAGACCUGAGCUGCUGAAAAGCAAUCCUGAAAUCCAUGCGGCCUGGCCCAUUCACACCAGCUGAGGAUAAAGAUUUUUAAUUUUUCUACCUGGAUCCAGCCAAAUCAGUCUCUCCCCUCCUUGUCCUAGCAGCAUUCCCUGCAGAAGGUACCAAGGGGAAAGAAUUCAAGGGCUAAAUUCUGGGCUCAGUAAAUCCAGAGUAACUACAGUGGAGAUAGAGCCUGAUUCACUAGUGCUGCCCUCUCCAGUCUUACACUGGAGUAACUCCAUUGAUCUGCAUGGAGCUAGUGCAUAAAACUGGAGUAACGCAUUGGUGAAUCUGAUCCGCUCUGCAAAUCCGGAGUAGCUCCAUUGACUUUAGCGCAGACACGCAGGGCUAGCUCCUCGGCUGGUGUGAACUGGCUGGUUCACGCCAGCCGAGGAUCCGGCCUGGAGCACCAAUCCCAAGUAGCAUUGCUGACUUCAUGUUAUAUUCCAAGUCUUGUUUUGGUUUCGGCAGAGGUGCUCUAGGUACGUGCCAAGGUAACACGGCAAUGAAUCAGAGCCAGGCUGUAAAUGUUCUCGUCAGUGCAGAAAGCUGAACUAUCUUCGCUGGAGUCAUUCUGGAUAUACACGGGGGCUUCUGAGACCAGCAUCUGGUCUCCAGCAGUUUGGGGCCAUAUAACCAGUGUUGGGGGUUGGUUUCCUUCUGCGCCAUCCUUUUGUUAGCCUAAGUGGGCUCGUUUGGUCUUCUGUUUAAUUCAAGCCAGGAGGGUGAACGCUAGCGGUUUCUUCCUCCCAUCGUACGCAUCCUGGUGCCCAUGCUCAUCUUGAGUCUAGCAGAAACCCCACUUUCUUCUGGAGAGACAUUUUUACUGGUGAAAAGGGCCUGCUGCACCCUGGCUGCCUUGGUCCCAGCAUGGCCAUGGGAGCCCUGGAACCGUUCUCCGAUCACACACUGUCAGUAGCGUUCACAUUAAGCCUGGGAAUUCUUUACCAGGGGGAGGGGCAGUUCAUUGUGGAUGGAAGCCCAAGCAGUGAUAAACCAGCUCUCUGUUUCUCCCCCACUUCCUCUAUUCUCUGUCUUCUUCCUAGAAAGUCUGAUACCAGAUAUGUAAAUAUUAAUAUAUUCUAGUUUGCUUG